AUGCCUCCAGACUUCCCCCUCCUUCUCUCUCUCGGGAGAAAGACCUUUCGGCUGUUCAGUGAGUCCCUACACACCAAGCCUGUUCCACCUUGCACCAUGUUCUCCCUCUGCUUUCUGCCAAUGUUAUUUGCCGCUUUGACACAAAAACAAGAAAAGAAAAAUCCCAAACAGGAGGAGGAAGUGUGUGAAAGUAAAUAUGACCUAAAGUUCAGACGUGGAGAUCUGCUGGAGGUGCCCCGGACUCUCUUCAUUCACUUUGGCAUCUACCUGGGAGGAGGACGAGUGGCUCACUUCAUCCCGGACAUUAUGCCGUUGAUCAGUGGAGACCAGAGGAAGAUCCAGAAGAUGGUCACUAACACUCGACUGGUGUUAGGCGUCAUACUCAAGCGCGGCAGUGUCAGGGUGGACUCUGUGGAGGACUUUGCCUAUGGAUCUGAAAUCAUCGUCAACCCCACAGACAAGGUGUGCAGCAGCCUUCCUCCUCUAGACCAGGAGACAGUGGCCCUCAGAGCGGAAAGGCUUCGAGGACAAGUCCCCUACAGCCUGCUGUGGUUCAACUGUGAACACUAUGUCAUGUACUGCCGCUACGGGACCAGCAUGAGCUUCCAGACCUUCCAGUUCUGUAAAACGGUCCGGAGGCUGGUGCUGAGUCGGGGCGUUGCCAAGGCGAUGUGGCUGCUUGGGCUGGGGCUAGUCCUGUACGUGCACGUGGCCCUGAGCUCAUGCAUGCUCCUGCUCUCACUGUUGGUGCCCUUCCUGGUGUGGAUGGCAGCAUGA